AUGGGCACAGGGCACUGCUGCCCAGCGUGGGCAUCACCAGGGCCAGCCCGGGCUGAGGGUCCCGGCCACGCCUGGGGCACAAGGAGGUUCGACGGGGUGGCAACCAUCCGCUACAGCUACCUCCUGGACGUGCUGGAGAGGUCCCCGCACAGGCCCAUCCUGCAGGCUGGGCUGCCCGCCAACACGACAGCCCUGGUGGGCAGCGACGUGGAGUUCUUCUGCAAGGUCUACAGUGAUGCCCAGCCCCACAUCCAGUGGCUGAAGCACAUUGAGGUGAACGGCAGCAGCUACGGUCCCGACGGUGUCCCCUACGUGCAAGUGCUCAAGACUGCAGACAUCAACAGCUCCGAGGUGGAGGUGCUGUACCUGCGCAACGUCUCCAUGGAGGAUGCUGGCGAGUACACCUGCCUGGCGGGGAACUCCAUCGGCCUCUCCUACCAGUCUGCCUGGCUCACUGUGCUGCCGGAAGAGGAGCUGGUGCGGGAAGCCGAAGCCCCCGAGGCCAAGUACACAGACAUCAUCAUCUACACCUCGGGCUCGCUGGCCGUGGCCAUGGCCGUCAUCAUCGUGGUGCUGUGCCGGAUGCAGACUCAGUCGAGCAAGCAGCCCCUGGAGCCCAUGGCGGUCCACAAGCUCUCCAAAUUCCCGCUCAUCCGACAG